GUGCCGUCGCGGCCGCUGCCCGCACUCCGCCCCGCUCCGCACCGCUCCGCUCCGCAGAGGAGCAGAGGGGAGCAGGAUGCUGCCGGAUGCUGUGGUGCUGCUGCUGGUGCUGGUGAUGCUGGUCGGCCUUCACUCGGCAGCGGGAGGCGGCGUGGGGGGCUAUGCCCAAGUGAAGUACAUGCAGCCCAUGGUGAAGGGACCACUGGGACCCCCCUUCCGUGAAGGCAAAGGGCAGUACCUGGACAUGCCACCGCUGCUGCCGAUGGACCUCAAAGGGGAGCCGGGACCACCAGGGAAGCCCGGCCCACGUGGACCCCCAGGGCCUCCCGGCUACCCAGGAAAACCGGGCACAGGGAAGCCGGGAAUGCACGGCCAGCCUGGGCCUGCUGGGCCCCCUGGCUUCUCGGGCAUCGGCAAACCUGGCAUCCCAGGGCUCCCCGGAAAGGCUGGUAUGAAAGGGAUGCCCGGAGCCAAGGGCGAGCCUGGCAUGCGAGGAGAGCAAGGGCCAAGAGGGCUGCCCGGCCCCCCGGGGCUGCCAGGGCCAGCCGGCAUCUCCGUCAAUGGGAAGCCGGGUCCCCAGGGCGGCCCUGGUUUGCCUGGGUUUCGAGGUGAACCCGGCCCAAAAGGGGAGCCGGGUCCCCGCGGAGAGCGAGGGAUGAAGGGUGAGAAUGGGGUGGGGAAGCCGGGGUUACCAGGGCCCCGGGGGAACGGGGGCCCUCCUGGCCCUGCAGGGCCUCCAGGGCCCGUUGGCAUUGGCAAACCUGGCAUUGACGGGCUGCCGGGGGCACCGGGGGAGAAGGGUGACAUGGGCCCCCCAGGUGGGCCUGGUGUCAAUGGGGAGCCCGGCCCCAUGGGGCCCCGGGGCCCCCCUGGCAUCGAUGGGAUCGGUGUCCCGGGUGCUGCGGGUGUGCCAGGGAUACAGGGUCCAAUGGGACCAAAGGGAGAGCCUGGGAUCCGCGGCCUCCCUGGUUUGCCAGGCCCGACGGGCUAUGGGAAGCCGGGAAUGCCUGGCUUGAAAGGAGACCGCGGGCAGCCCGGGGUGCCAGGAGCCAUCGGUGAUAAAGGGGAACCUGGCGUUGAUGGGGAACCGGGCGAGCCAGGCCCCGCUGGCAUCAUCGGGCCACCGGGCCCACCGGGGUCAAUGGGCCUGCCGGGCAAGCAUGGGCUGCCCGGCUCCAAAGGGGAUGUGGGGCCGAGCGGGCCCCCAGGAAUGCCAGGGAUGCGCGGGGACCAGGGCCCCAAUGGCUUCGCAGGGAAGCCGGGGGUGCCGGGAGAAAGGGGCCUGCCCGGGUCACUGGGACCCCCUGGCCCCAUGGGCCCCAAGGGGGAACCAGGGUUCAUCGGGCUCCCUGGGGUGCCAGGAUUGACGGGUGGCCCUGGGCCCAAAGGGGACGGUGGGAUCCCAGGACAGCCAGGGCUGAGGGGCCCCUCUGGCAUCCCAGGCUUGCAGGGACCCGCAGGUCCUAUGGGGCCUCAGGGGCUACCGGGGCUGAAAGGGGAGCCCGGGCUCCCUGGGGUUCCCGGUGAGGGGAAGACCGGUGAACCCGGCAUGGCCGGACCCAUCGGCCCACCGGGAAUGCCGGGAACGCCGGGGCUGAAUGGGCCACCGGGACCACCGGGGCCACCGGGGCCGCCAGGAGCACCGGGGGUGUUCGACGAGACGGGCAUCGCGGGGCUGCACCUCCCGGACGGAGGCGUGGAAGGGGCCGUGCUGGGCAAUGGGAAGCCAGGGAAGCCGCAGUAUGGCCGAGGAGAGCUGUCCGCCCGCAUCGCACCAGCCUUCACCGCCAUCCUCACCUCCCCAUUCCCAGCCUCGGGCAUGCCGGUCAAGUUUGACCGGACUUUGUAUAACGGGCACAACGGCUACAACCCGGUCACCGGGAUAUUCACCUGCCCCGUAUCCGGCAUCUACUACUUUGCCUACCACGUGCACGUCAAAGGGACCAACGUUUGGGUGGCGCUUUAUAAGAACAACGUGCCUGCCACCUACACCUACGACGAGUACAAAAAGGGUUACCUGGACCAGGCCUCGGGCAGUGCCGUGCUUGAACUCAAGGAGAACGACCAAGUCUGGGUACAAAUGCCCUCGGACCAGGCCAACGGGCUGUACUCCACGGAAUACAUCCAUUCCUCCUUCUCUGGGUUCCUGCUUUGCCCCACAUAACGGCUGUUGGGCGCGUUUCCUUUUCACCCACGUUAGCCAUAAACUGUCUUUUUUUUGUCUGUUUUUGAUAAAAAAGUUUAAAAUUAAUACAAAAAAGAAAAAUCACUGGGAAGAAGGCGCGAGCUGCUGUGGUGGGACCUUGCUUCACGCUGUUUGAUCCAGGAGUCAAGGGGGUAACCAGAAAGGAGACAUCUACCCAUCUUCUUUUGGGGGAGGGAGAAGGGAGGCAGGGGAGUGAGUUCCUCAGCAAACCCUACCUGGAAUAACUUUUACCCUAGUGACUGUACAUCAAACCCAGGGAGGUGCUUGGGAUGAUGGCAAGGAUCUGGCUCUGCAGCAAACUGCUCUGUGAUCCAGAGGGUCGCCUGGAAGAGCAGACCCUUCUGGUCUGUAAUCAAGUGCCCUUGUUCCCCAUUUUGAGUGCAAGUGAAAUAAACACAGCUGUUGUCACGGAUGGUGUAUUUGCUAACCAACACAGGGGUGCUAGGCACUUAACACAAACCUCUACAGCAGCAGAGAUCCGUGAUGGAUUGAGAAAUAUCCUUCCCAGACCAUCAGAUGCCUGAGUUCUGGUCUCACUGACGCCUGCUCUUUCAGGCUGUGCUUUGCAGCAGUCUCUCUGCUUCACUCCGGAUUCAGUGUGGUUGGAUGUAUAACCAUAAAAAGUGGAACACUUUGCAUAAGCACCUUCUUAGAAGAAUUAAAUGUUAUUUUUAACCCUCCUCCUCAGCACCUUUAGGAAUAAAACCAUCCAGGCCCUGGCAUCUGGGAGGAUGUCAGGCGACCUAUUCCAAAGCCGUUGAGGGAAGCUGGGACCCCUGUGAUGAACAAGGAUCCUCCCUUGGCAAGUCCAAGGGCUAGUUCUGUCCUGUCUGUCUCUUUGCAGCCCAAAGACUUGCUUGGCCUCAUGAGCAUCUUUACUCUUUGAGAACACAAGGAUGGCACUGCAAGCCCGGCUUAUGGUGCUUCUAGCCUGGUCUGACAGAAGGUUUAGUUGUGCUUCCUUGAAAGUGCCACUUACGGACAACUUGCUUUUACUGUCUCACUAUUUCGGGAUGUGUAAACCCCCCCUUCCCCUGGGGAUCUUUUCAUUAAGACAAAAUGAGCAUUCAUUCUAACUUUCCCUUCAGUCAUUUUACCACGGUGCUAUUAUCUACUUACCAAUGUUAUUGACGAGUCUAGUGCAAUAUGUACCUGUCAAAGCACCACUCCAGGUGCCAGUCUGUGACUUAGGCUAAAGGAAAAUAAUCACAUUUGUCUGUUGUUACCACUUUGUCUCACUCAUGCUUGAAAUGUCACUGACCUGAGGAUGAGCUGGAAGGUUCCAGGAGAGGUCUGCACGAUCCUGACCACUUGGCUGCUCUGUCCUUUGGUAAAGGGAGCCCCUGAACCCUGUUGCUUGCAGCCUUUCACAUGGUAGGAUGGUUGUUCUCAGCCCAGCGAUGCAGGAGCUCGCUGCUGAAGUUAAUCCACACGUGCUACACACUGUGUCCCUCUGCAAAGGCACAGCCCUGAGAAAACAGCAAUGAUAUGGUCACCAG